AUGCGCAACACCACCGUCAUCACCGUCGCCGCCGCGGCACUCGCCUCCGUCGCCGUCGGCGCGCCCGCCCCCCUCGGCGGCCCCACGCCCAUCCCUCCCCGUCCCACCUGCGACGGCUGCUACACCGUCAUCGCGGCUACCCCCUCCACCACCGGCCCUACCGCGACGACCGAGCGGCCCGUGGAGCCCGCGGUGCUGCCAUCCUCCGACUUGCACGAGUACCCAUACAUGUUCAAGGGCCCCGGCUUCCGCUGGCCCUACCGUACCGCCGCGGCGCCUGAACCGACUGCGACGGCGGAGGGUGCGUCUGCGACUGCGGAGCCGGUUGGUGAGACUGCCAAGGGCGCCGGCUGUGAGGGCCUCGAGUGUGUCUGGGGGAAGUUGGCUUCGUCCUGGAAGGCUGGAGAGCGGACUUGCCCUUUUGUCAAGAUGUUCGCACGGCAGUGA